AGAGAAAAGAGGAUCAGAGAGAGAUGCCCACCCCGCCCCCCACAGACCAAGCAGAACAGGCGGACACCCCCGCACACGAUCAGCUCGUCAUGGAUCCGCCCCACGAAGACAUGGAGGAGAAUCCAGAGGAGAUGGAGCUCCUCAGCCUCAGAUACAGGAUGGAGCGCGACCGCAAACGCGUCAAGGUUUACGAACUACGCGAUGCCUCCUGGUUCGACAGGGGAACAGGCUUCUGUCGCGGCGUGGUAGACGACGCGUCCGGCGAGGCCAUCAUUGUCGUCGAGCCCGAAGAGGAUUCCCCAGAGGGCGAGGAAGAUGCAGGGGGGUUUCUGACGCGCGAACUGCUGCUGCAUACAAAAGUCGAGAGGGAUGAUAUCUAUGGAAAGCAACAGGAAACGCUCAUCGUGUGGACUGACCCCGCCACAAGUCUCGACAUCGCCUUGUCAUUCCAAGACGCUGAAGGGUGCGAAGACACAUGGCAAUUCAUUGUCGAGGUACAGAAGCACCUUCUCACGCUUCCAGGCGAAGAUCCCCAUCUCCCCUCUUCAUCUUCACCCGUCGGCAACUCUCCCCAGCUUGGCCCUGCCGCCAGCCACUAUGCCAUGGCCGAUCCACGACUUGCUUGGCAGCCCCCAACCCUGGCAAACAUCAGAGAUCAAGAAUUCUGUCUGAGAGCGCAAGCCAAGUCGGCCGCAGGGAGAGAAAGAGCAAUGGAGCAUAUCCUCAACGAGGAAUACAUCAAGCAGUUGAUAAACGUUCUGGAACAAGCGGAAGACCUCGAGAGCAUUGCCGACCUGCAUGCCCUGUGCUCGCUCAUGCAGACUAUCUUGCUCUUCAACGAUAAUGGUAUAUUCGAGUACAUCCUGCAAGACGACAUUUUCCUUGGCGUCAUUGGCAUGCUCGAAUAUGACCCAGAUUUUCCCGACCUCAAAGCCUCCUACCGCCAAUACUUUCAAGAAAACGCCCGUUUUCGCGAAAUCGUCCACAUCCCCGACGCCGUCAUCCGCAACAAGAUUCAUCAAACCUAUCGUCUCCUUUUCCUCAAAGACGUUGUUCUUGCCCGCGUCCUCGAUGACCCCGCAUUCAACAUCCUGAACGGCUUUGUCUUUUUCAACCAAGUCGACAUUGUCAAUUAUCUGCAGUCAAGCGAUACCAUGUUGACCGCCUUGUUUGCGCCGUUUCAAUCUUCACCGCCGGGCCCACCGCCGGCCGAUGGUCAGCCGGGCGAGCCGCUGGACGAAAAGAAGCGAGAUACAGUCAUGUUCCUGCACCAGCUCGUUGGGAUUGGGAAAGCCAUCCAAUUGACGCCACGCAUGGCACUCUAUCGGACGCUGCUCGAACGCGGCAUUCUGCAUGCGGUGGAAUGGGCGCUGCAAAGACCGGAAGCCAAAGUCUUGCACGGCGCAGCCGAGAUCUUGACAUUGAUGGUGGAGCACGACGCGAAUAUGGUCAGGAUGCAUGUGUUUAGGGAAGAGGAGAAGAAGGAAAGGACGUUGAUGGUGGAGAUCAUUGGGCUGCUGCAUACCACCAAGAAUGGAGGGUUGAUGGGGCAGAUGGCGGAUACGCUUCGAACGUUGUUGGAAGUGCCAGCGGAUACAGAGUCUUUUAUUGCCAAGAAAGAAGCACCAUUGUCCGACACAUUCAACGUCUACUUUUACGAGUCCUGCGGCGCCCUCCUCUUCAAGCCCCUUCUCGAAUCUCCCGACUUCAAAUCUCAACCGAAUACCAAACUUGCCAGAAAUUACACAACACUACUGCAGAAUCUUACAGAACUCUUGAGCUACUGUGUCACGACACAUGGGCACAAGAGCUCGUAUUUUAUCCUCUCAAAUCCCAUCUCCAAAAAAGUCGUCGGGUUACUGUACAUCAAGGAUAAGCCUUUGCGGCAUGCUGCGCUACGGUAUCUGAAAGCUUGUUUGAGAACACCGAACCAUUUCAUCCAUCGACACUUUGUCAAGAAUGACCUUUUCGAGCCACUCUUGACGUUGAUGGAGGACGAGACGUCCAAAGACAACAUGAUGAGUUCUGCGUGUAUGGAGGUGGUGGAGCAAAUACGAAAGGAUAAUCUGAAAACCAUACUCAACUACCUAUUCGAUUCCUACACAGAUCGUCUUGAAGCUCUAGCUCGCAGGCCGCUCCUUCGCACGUGCCUCGUCGGUCUCAAAGCCCGUUGGGAGAUGAACAAUGAACCUCCUCCUCUACCUCCUGGGCUCAGCCCCAGCGAAUUGGCUGCUUCCGCCAGCAAAACCGAUGUGGGAGAAGGCGACAGCUGGAUCGAGGGAGAAAAGAGGGAAGAAGACUACUUUAAUGGAAGUGACGACGACGAAGGGUCCUCGCCCUCUGGCCCUAGCAAAAGUGAAGAAGGAAGCGUGCCGGCAAAGAGAAAGAGACAUCCAACCACCUCGUCCUCGGGAGGCUCAAACAAGCGAACUCUGCGAUCUUCAACGUCUUCAUCGAGCCUUGCAACUUCAUCAAGUACAGGGUCAGCAGGCCCUUCCUCCGGUGUACUGGGCCUGGACUAUGACGAUGCCUCUUCUGAUCCCGAAUCGCCUUUCUCUCAGGACCAGGGCGGCGAGGAUGAGGAUGAAGAGCUGGGGACAGAGGACGGUGCUGUUCCGUUGACGACUUCGACGUCAUUACUGGAUCGCACCAUCUCCCGCGCUCAAGCCUUGAGCCCUCCAGAUCAUUCCAAACCGCUCACCACGACCGCCCCUUUCGCCCCCGUCUCGAUUUCUUCGACGGCCAAACCUGAUGAGAAAUCGUCGUCUGCAAAAGAAGAUGAGGGAAUGGAUAUCGGCGAGGUGACCGCCAAAAUGCGGGAAAAACGGCGUAGAGAGGAAGAGGAGGAGGAGGAAGGGUUUGCAGGGCUUGUUGUGGGCAACAAGCCACGGCCUGUGGCUACCGUUGCCGCCCGAGUGUCAAGUGCGAGCGGGGGAGGUACCGUAGGGGCUGGCAAGGGGGAAGAGGGUACCAAUCCGAAUAUGGAAGGGAUAGUGGAAGAAGUUGAUGUGGGAGAUGGGAACAAGGAAGGGAAGGGGAAGAGCCGAAAGGGAGUGAGAGAGAUGGGCAACAAGAUACGACUAAUCACCCAGAAGUUUGGCGGAAAGUAGGGGUUUCCCGGGUGCCGGUGUAAUGAUAUGAUGCAUUACGAACGUAGUGGCUUCAAGAGGACGUUCCAUCAUAACGCUGGCAGUAUCUGAGCAGUUUGUCCUGCACUCACAGCAAUGAAGAAGUAUGGGGCACCCGCUGCACAUUGAAACCAAAGUUGUCAUGGUAUGCAAUUGUGUUUAGACACGACGACCAAGCAGGUCACGAGCAUGCAUGUACUCAGCG